UAUCCCUAACCCUCUUUCUCCAACCUCCAACAACUCACUCUCUCUCUCUCUCUCUCUCUCUCUCUCUCUCUACAGUUAUAUGCUGGUUUCUUUACAUUUAAGGUUUUGAUUCUCUAAAUAAUGUCAUCCAAACGGUUUUUCGAUGAAUCUAAGACCGACCCAGAUCACCCAAAUGGAAAAAAAAUCAGACCUACACCUUCCUUGUCGUCUAAAAUUGGAGAAGUAGUUGUGGGGAAUUUCUUAGAAAAUUUCUGUUCAGUGCUGGAGCCAAUGCUCAGAAGAGUGGUGAGUGAAGAGAUGGAACAUGGCCUAAGAUCUGGUGGAAGAUUUUUAACUAGGUCACCUUCAUUGAGAAUUCAAACCCUCGAACCGUCAGCCUUAAAAUUAAUUUUCAAUAAAAGCCUUUUGCUACCAAUAUUCACUGGCAGCAAGAUAGUGAAUAUCGAAAACUCUCCUCUUCAAAUCCUUCUGGUAGACACAACAUCUGAUCAAUUAGUUCCAACAGGUCUUUCACAUCCAACAAAAGUAGAGAUUGUAGUCCUUGAUGGGGACUUUCCUCCCAAAGACCACAACAUGUGGACCAGCGAAGAAUUCGAUAAGAAGGUCAAGAGGGAGAGAACUGGGAAGCGACCAUUGCUCGCCGGAGAUGUGCUAGUUACCAUGAGAGAUGGGGUUGCACAUGUCGGAGAAAUUGAAUUUACCGAUAAUUCGAGUUGGACUCGAGGCAGAAAAUUUAGGCUCGGUGCAAGAGUGGUUCAAAGAAGCAAUCAGGGUGCUGUUAGGGUACGUGAAGCCAUGACCGAACCUUUUGUUGUCAAAGACCACCGUGGAGAAUUGUAUAGAAAACAUCAUCCACCCAAUCUAGAAGAUGAGGUAUGGAGACUAGAGAAGAUUGGAAAAAAUGGAGCUUUCCAUAAGAAGCUAGCAUCUGAAGCCAUUAACACAGUCCAAGACUUCUUGAAGAUGUCUGUUGUGGAACCAAACAAACUUAGAAAGAUAUUAGGUGUUGGGAUGUCGGAUAAAAUGUGGGAAAUAACAAUAAAGCACGCAACAACCUGCAUUAUGGGAAACAAACUGUAUAUUUCCCGGGGAGCCGACUACACCAUUACUUUGAAUCCUAUAUGUCAAGUUUUCAAGGCUGUGAUUAAUGGCCAAACAUUGUUGCCUACUACUCGGAAUUUGACAACCAUGAAUAGGGCCUAUCUUCAGAAUUUGGUGAGAGAUGCAUAUCAAAAUUGGAAUUCCUUGGAAGAAGUAGAUGGACUUUUGAAUGAGACUACGGCAACACUACUACUAACCCAAGGUGAGGAGGUGGCUUCAGUGCCAAGCAAUGCACACAUGGCGGAGGAGUACUUCAACAAUGAUUGGCCACUUCUUAAUUCAACACCUCUCUUUUCCACUCCCUUUGAUCCUUCUUCUGGUCUUCGUUAUUAUAACGUCUCGGACUCUUCAUCAGACGGUGUGAAUUAAUUAAUUAACUACCCAAGCGAAUCGAGUUGAUAAUUAAUUCAAGAUCCUGUUAAUUAUGAUGUGUGUAGCUGUAAACAUAUGUAAAAUUUGUCCUGUAAUAUUUGUGGACCCUACCUACACUACCUAUUGUAAAAUAUUUUGCGGUUUGGCUCCUUGGCAUAGAGACAAGGAAAUCAAUAUGAAAUAUCAACCCAAGAUGGGCCUAAUUUUGUAUGUGAUAAUAAUUGCACAUAAUUUUGUACUAAUACAACCAUCUUUCUUUAAAAUUUGGAUCUUCUAUAAUA